AUGCCAUUUCGUUUGUCUAGGCAACUGUUUUACAUUCUUGCUGCAGGUUGUAUGUGCACAUGGAUUUGUAUCACAUACAUUGUUGUAAAGAAUGGGGCAAAGAGUAGACGAUCAGAUGGAGACUUGUAUACACAAGAUGGCUUUUACAUAUCCAAUGAGUAUGAUGUUACAGAUGAACCCAUUCAAAAUGUUGGGAACUGGUCGAAAAAUUGGAACAAAAAUGCUUUUAAUAGAGAAGAUACAACACCUGAAAUACUAGAAGGAGGUGAUACUGAAAAAGACAAAGGAAAAAAUGAAGAGGAUGGAGAGAAUAAUGACAGUGUAGUGAAUGAAGAAGAAAGCGAAAAUAAAGGAGAAAAAGAUGUCGAAGAAGGAAGUGACGAAGAACAAGGUUUCCCUGCACAUGUUAUAGAAGGGAAAGGAAAUGAAAAUGAAGAAGACAACGAUAAUGCUGAAGAUGGUGAAGAAGAGGAAGGCGACGGAGAAGAUUUAGAAAGGGGACAAGCUCAUUUUAAUGACAACGAGGACGUAAAUGACAUUGAAAAUAAGGAUACCGGAGGAAAUGUACACGCUCAAAUGGAAAACAAUGAUAAUUUCAAGUGGGAACAAGACCAAAAUGAACAUAAUGUAAACUUUCAAAUGGAUAAUAUCGGAGAAAGAGGUUUUAACAAACAUGACGGGUUGUUUAAAUUUCAAGUUAGAGAUGAAGAUUCAGAAAAAGCUGUACAAGACAAUGCUGAAUUAUAUGAUAAUGAAGAGAAUAAUAACGAAGAAUUUGAAACGGAUGGUAAAGGUGAGAACGAUGUAGAAGAUACGGAGGAAAUAAGAAGAAGAAAAUAG